CACACACACACCCCAGAACACCUCAGUGCAGCAGAGACAGGACGUGAGACAGGAGGAGGUGGACGUCCACACACAGGUGACGUAUCGAGUACAACGAACACAACAUGCUGAAUCUCCAACACGCCUCCGAGUGGAUGAGCCCCGAUACGUGGUACCAUCAGAACAACACCAUCACACAGCAUGGGACAGAUGGCUGUGUGGAGGAUGUGACCUGGAGGACAGGGGGACGAGGAGGACAAGCAGGAGACAGGGGGAAGCAGGAAGAGAGGGAUGCCACGGACGAGGCUCAGCUUCACCUCCAGCUGAAGAGGAAACUGCAGAGGAACCGCACGAGCUUCAGCCAGGAGCAGAUCGAUGCUCUGGAGAAAGAGUUUGAGAGGACUCAUUACCCCGACGUCUUCGCUCGAGAGAGACUGGCCUCCAAAAUUGACCUUCCUGAAGCUCGUAUCCAGGUGUGGUUCUCCAAUAGGAGAGCUAAGUGGAGGAGGGAGGAGAAGCUGCGUAACCAGAAGAGGCUGGGGGGCGGGACUUCCUGUCCUCAAACUCACACACCGCUGAGCAUGUCCUUCAACCUACCUGUCUAUCAUCCUCACCAUGGCAACGCGUCCGGUUCCGCGCGCUCUCACACACACACUGACUGUGGGAGUGUGUACAGCUCACUGCCUGCUUUCACCACUCCACAGUCCACCUCCUCUUACUCCACCAUGUUGUCUCCUCCCCCUUCUGUUCCUCCUCAUCUACCUCGUAAAUUUGACCCCACCUCUUACUCCACCCCCCACCUGCCUCCUCCUACAGCUGCCACAAACACAGGUUUUCUGAACGGCGCAUCACUCUCAGGGCUGGUUGGGGUUCAGGCUGGAGAUCAGGACCUGAGUUUGGGUCAGUAUUGGACCAGACUGCAGUGAGAGUCAGAACAACAACCAAAACCAGACCAUGAACAUGAACUCCAUCGCCAGGACCUUGAUCAGGGAUGAAGCCACAAGUCACGAGUCAGAUUUCACUUGGAGGAAAAACACUCACAGGCUCUGUGCACCACAGGAACAACCAUCACUGUGAGAAUUUAUCACUGUGAAUUUCACCACUGAUAUUCCAUAAAUAUUUAGUCAAGAACAUUUCAUUUCAGGGAAACUGAAGCAGCUUUUACAGCUGUUAAACCAGAUGUGAAUUAAAGCACAAGUUCAUCAGAUAAUCAGCACAAACGCAGAAGAAAACCACAGUGAAGGUCUGUGCUGAUGAAAUAUCAUCACGUCGAAUAAAGCUCCAGAACCUGACCACAUGUGACCAUCCAAAACCCAAACGCCAAAACAACGUCACUAUUUAUUUAUUUAUUUAUUUAUUUCAAGGGUGACACAAGAGUUUGUGCUGGUUUAAUCUGACAGCACUUUGUGUGUUAAGGUCUCGCUGUACUUCAUGUGGAGUUGUGUUAGUGCGAGAGCUAUGUUAGUGCGAGAGUUGUGUUAGUGCAAGAGUUGUGUUAGUGCUAGAGUUGUGUUAGUGCGAGAGUUGUGUUAGUGCAAGAGCUAUGUUAGUGUGAGAGCUAUGUUAGUGCGAGAGUUGUGUUAGUGCUAGAGUUGUGUUAGUGCUAGAGUUGUGUUAGUGCGAGAGUUGUGUUAGUGCAAGAGCUAUGCUAGUGCGAGAGUUGUGUUAGUGCUAGAGUUGUGUUAGUGCG